GCUGGCCCCGCCCCCGCGCGCGUGAGUGGCAGCGGCCGACGGGGCGAUGGGGCCGCUGCUGCUGCUGCUCCUGCUGCGCGUGCCGCUCGGGGCCGCGGACGCCGCCAACGGGAGCCGGCCCGUCGCGCCGCACAACGCCACGCGCGCCUGGCCGCCGGCCGCCACCGGCUCGCCGCUGCAGCGAACCUUCUACGUGGUCGUGGCGCUCGGCGGCCUGACCGCACUCUACUUCCUCAUCCGGGCUCUCAGGUUGAAGAAGCUGCAGCACAGGAGGUACGGGCUCCUGGCUAAUACAGAGGACGCCUCCGAGAUGGCCUCGCUGGACAGUGACGACGAGCCGGGCUUGGAAGCCAGGCACCCACGAUGGUAGCGCAGGGCUUCCCCUGAUGCCGCUGCCAUGGGGCCAGAGAGGACUCCUGCUGACCCGAGACCUUGGCACAGAGCGUCAUGCUGAGCGCUCCGGGGCGUCCUCAGCUCCCUCCUCGCACACA